UUCAGGUUGGCGAUCGGGCGGUCUCAUUCGCCGCUGGAAGGUUGCUGCAACGGCAGCUAGUCUCUCUCUCUUCCUCUCUCGUUCCAGGACGUUGCUGUUGCUUUUUUUGGUGGAUGUUGGUUGACCCUUACAUACUGCAGCAACAGCAGCUAGCAGUGGUCUCUGGUUUGUCGGGAAAGACUGGUAGCAGUGGUUGCUCGCGUUUAUAGCAGCUCACGUGUAUGUCCAAAAGGACUCCAGGCAAUUCUGGAACUCUGGAAAAAAAAUAAGCCGAUUUUCCGUGAAGUGGGAGGCCAAUCGGAGGAGCCUCUGACCGACAUAUUCCACUUCUGCAGGACUCGAACUUUGCCAUUCUUCGACAGGAGGUAGUAGACCUCCUUUGGAGAACCCUCAAACGACUCAGGAACGAUUCUGGAGGUACUACUACCCAGUUUCCUAUUGAGCGUUUAGAAGAAGGAGAAGACGACUAAGAAGAAGAAGAAGCAGGAAAAGAAGGAAAAAACUCUCUCGAGAAAGAAGAAGAAAACGAAGAAGAAGAAGGAAAACAAACAGCAGACAUGAAACCCUCAUUAACAUUCCUCCUCCUGUCGAGCGUCCUGCUCUCAACAGCCAUGGCCGCGCCUUCGAAGAAGUCGGCUGACGACCUUGUGGAAGACCCUCCUCCUGAGGAAUCCACAACACAGCCGCCUCAGGAGAUCCACAGCAGAGCCGUCGGUAAGGUGGACAAGGCCAACGGCUUCUCGUGGAUCGCCAUAGGCGUCUUCGGCGCCUUCGUCAAGUACAUGGCGUACCACUUCAUCUCCAAGAACUCGGAAGGCGGUGGAGGAGGGGCGAAGCGAUCCGUCGAAGACACAAUCCUGGACCUGUCGAGGAUCUCGGCGUGCCUGACGAGCGAUCCCGAGGGGGAUGUCCUCUCCAACUUCCACCUGCACUGCUUCUUCCCCUCCCACUUCAGCAAGAGGGACAACGACAUCAUCUCCGGAGUCAUCUGGGGGAGCUCGCGGAAGGAGCCGGUGGAGUUGAGUCUCAUCCGGCGGGGGGAGGACCUGAGGAAGGAGCGGAGCCAGCGGCGGUCCAGGGAGGCUUCGGAGGAAUCCGAGGAAGGGAGGGCCCGCAGAGUGCGACGCAAAAAGCCUGCUGGGACCGAGAUCUCCCUGCUAGCCAUUGCCGCCUUCGGGGCGUUCUUCUUCUUCUUCGCCUACUUCAACAUUACGAAGUACCUCGCAGGAGGAGGAGGAGGGGGCGGCAGAGAAGGAGGAGGAGGAGGUCAAUUCCUCUCCCCAGGCCCCAUGGUCGAGUACCUGGGGGAAGUGGCCUCCAUUCUCCAGUGCCUUCAGGAAGAAGAUUUCAUUUCUCAGUUCCCAUGUUUUUGAUCCGGCUCGGAGAGGAUUAUUCCUGUUUAGGUUCGAAGGAGGAUUUCAUUCAUAUUGGAGGAACGUUUGUGAUGACAUUGAUAAAUCUAGUGUCAGUUUAAAUUUGGUUUGUUAAAAAUAUUGGAUGAAUGUUCCCAGUGACAAUGGAAAUAACUUUUUAUCAGAAUUUUAAUGGAAGAAUGUUCCCAGUGAGAUAGAGGCACUUUCUUCAGUAGAAUUCGGAGAAUGAUUGUCUCGGCUUACUGAAAUCAUGUUCUUGAUCAUGAUAGCAAAAGGGAAAAAGACUGUCAGUUGAAAAUUUAGAUUUUCUUGUGGCUCAGUGAAAUAGAUGAGGUCAAAAAUCACAUCUCAAUCAGAUUUAAUCAUAGACUUAUUGUAUAUUAUUAUGAGUGUCAAUAAUCCAGUAGUAACACAGGUUUUCUACCAAGAGUUACCUGUUGAUAAACUGAUUCUUCAAGACUAUUUUAUUUUUCAGGGAAUUUGAUAAGUACAUAUGCAUUUAAAUCAUGAAAGACAUGUUAUCAGAACUAUGGAAGAAUUCUUUCUUAGUAAGAUGCUGAAUGAAGAGACUAAAUAAAUAAAGUUUCAAGGAAAUGUAUUUACUAAGUAACUUACUGAAGUCAUCACAGGAUUUCCUAUGUAGAAACGAAGUCAAGUCUUUGGGAGAAAUAGUCUUAAGGAAGACUCGACGUCUGUCUCAACUUAGAACCCAACUUGCAGUCUUCAGAUAAUUGUUUUAAGUGAAUUAUAUAAGGUGCCUGUCGAUUCUCUUAGUUCUUUCUCCAUUUAUUCGUUGUUUAUCUUUUCUCUGGCUGUCCUUUUUGUUUAUCAUAAUUCAUCAAUUAUUUAUAUAUAUCAUCAGUGUCAUCUAUUGUUAAAUGUCUCAUAUACAAUCUGUUAUGUUGUUGAUUAAGGUCAUGGUUCAUUGCUGAUUGUGUAUCUAGCAUAAACAAAAAAAACAACAGCAAAAUCAAUUAUACUUGUUACUUUGCAUUCACUGUGAAAUUGACAUUAAACUA